AUGGCAGCUGGAGAGUCCCCUCCCGUAGGAGAUGUCUUCAUCGACUUGCAGCAGGGCAGAGAUCGCGCAGAGAAAGCCUCUCCUGGUGCCGAGGACGAUGAGGACUUGGAUAAGACUUUGUCAGUCGAGAGAUUUGGGGACCUGAUAAGCAAGUCAGCAUCAAGCAAUCUGGAGAAGCAAAGACGCAGCUACAGUGAGAGAGAUUUUGAAUUCCACCGCCAAACCUCGCACCACAUCCAUCAUCCCCUUUCCACUCACCUCCCUUCUGCCCUCAAGUUCCAAAAGAGGCCCCCCUGCACCAGCAGGAGGAAAAAAAAGAGGAGGAAAAAGAAGAAAACCUCGGUACCCCCAUCAGAAGUGACCCCCACCAUCCAGGAAGAGGACGAGGAGAGGGGAGAAGAAGAGGAAGAAGAAGAAGAAGAAGAAGAAGAAGAAGGAGAGUCUGAGGCAGAGGAGGCCCAGGAGAAAGAGACCUCUGCAGAGCUUGAGGGUGAAGCUCGUGGGAAAGACACAUCCCCUAAGCUGGAGCCUCCAGGCAAAGCAAAGUUCACCAUCGGCAGCGAUGAGGAGGAGUCCGGCAGCUCUCGGGCCCCCGCGCAGUUCCACGUGGAGGAGGAGUGUGGCAUCCUGUCUCCUGUGCCGCUCUUCGCCGACCUGCUGCAGGACAAGGGCCCUGCCUCCCUCUGCAGCCUCCCCGGGCCUCGGGAACGUCUGUCUCGCGGGUGGGAGAAGCGCAAGCCCUGGGGCCAGGUGGCGAGCGGACAGCGGGUCACCUAUGACUUGAAGGAGAGGAUGUGCAUCGGCAGCAUGACCACGCUGGAGAGCGCGGCGUACCAGCGUGUCCCCACGGACGAGGCCGAGGCCCAGAUGCUGGCAUCUGCUGACUUGGAUGGCAUGAAAAGCCACCGUUUUGAAGAUAACCCUGGUGUGAGGAGGCAUCUGAUGAAAAAACCAUCUCGGAGUCAGAUCACCAGGACAAGCAAAAAAUUAGCAUCAACUCCAUCUGUCAAGAAAAAGAAGAAGAAGAAGAAGUUGGAUAGAAAGCCCCAUGAGGUGUUUGUGGAGCUGAACGAGCUGGUGGUGGAUAAGAACCAGGAGAUGCACUGGAGGGAGACAGCCCGCUGGAUCAAGUUUGAGGAGGAUGUGGAGGAGGAUACAGCGAGAUGGGGGAAACCCCACGUAGCUUCACUGUCCUUCCGCAGCCUGUUGGAGCUCAGGAAGACGAUUGCCCAUGGUGCCGUCCUCCUUGACCUGGAGCAGACCACGCUGCCUGGCAUCGCGCACCUCAUGGUGGAGACCAUGAUCAUCUCUGACCAGAUUAGAGCAGAAGACAGAGCCAACGUGCUGCGUGCCCUGCUGCUGAAGCACAGCCACCCCAACGAUGAGAAGGAGGGCUUCUUCCCGAGGAACCACUCCAGCUCCAGCAUGAACUCCAUCGUGGGCAACCACCACCACAACCACACCACCGACACCUGCGUGCCCCUCAUGGGAGAAGAGCGCAUUGAGAUGUCUGACCCCAAGGCCAAUGAGACCGAGUGCAAGGAGAAAAACCCCCAUCUCCAUAACUCUGAGGGCCACCGUAAAUACCUGAAGCUGAUGGAGAAGAUUCCUGAAGAUGCAGAGGCCACAGUGGUCCUUGUGGGUUGUGUGCAGUUCCUGGAGCAGCCAACUAUGGCCUUUGUGCGGCUGAAUGAGGCAGUCUUCCUGGAAUCUGUCUUGGAGGUCCCGAUUCCUGUCAGAUUCAUCUUUGUGCUGCUGGGACCAAGCCAGGCCAACAUGGACUACCAUGAAAUUGGCCGCUCCAUCUCCACCCUCAUGUCUGACAAG